AUGCAGGGUGGAUGUGAGAUAGAAUGCCACAAAGAUCAAGAAGAGAUGGUCGUCGAUCCCAUCGAGAUUGAACCAGAAAGUCGUGAAACAACCGUCGGCAACAGUGUCGAUUGUCGCCGAGUUUUGACAGCGAUGAACAUAUUCGGAGAUCCCGAGGUGCUUCUGGUGCGAGACUUCUUGGAUGCAGCCGAGAUGCAACAUUUGAUCGACUUUGCCGAAUCUGGCUGGGAACCUUCAGAGGUGGGACAAGGAGUCUAUCGUACAAAGGACGAAGGGCAGGAUUUGGCGAACCAGGUCUCUGAGAUACGAACGUCUUACUCUUGCCUUAUAGAACCAGGGCAGAGUGAAAUCAUCACAGCGAUCGAAAAUCGGCUUGCUGCUCUCGCGGAGGGCUCCUCAGAAACGUGGCAUGGACAUCAAGUUCUUGGAGCCCCUCAACAUGGUCAGGUAUUUGCCGGGGCAGUAUUUCAACCAGCAUCAUGA